GGUAAGCGGGGUGGAAGUACCUCUAUGGGCCGGGUCAGACUCGGUGUUUGCGGACUAUCCUAAUAGGGCAAGCCACCUACUCCUUAACGCAAACAGCUUCUGCCCUCUGUCCUCUGAAUCCCAGCCACUCCCAUCUUAGGCUUUUUUUUUGGUGGGGCCUGUGGAGGGGGGCGGAAUCGGAAUAACAAGCUCCGUGGCCUCCAAAGUGGGGAAGAGGCAGGCAGCGCCGUGUCUUCGGACCCAGACUAUGAACUGAUUUAUGACGCUCAACUUGAGUUUGAGUUUGCGUUUGCCUUGGAAGCCGUGUGGCAAGAUUCUGGGAAAAUUCUCCGUUUCUCCGAAGAAGAGAGUAAGUUCCCUUGGAGGAACUGCUUCCUGUAGGGCAAGAACUGAAAAAUGCAAGCGCCCUGAACUUUUGGAUGCCACUGGAGUCAUCCUCUUCAAUGCCGCUAUCCUUCCCAUCUCUCUUACCCUCAGUACCACACAAUACUAACCCUUCCCCUCCUCCGAUGUCUUACAUCACCUCCCAGGAGAUGAAGUGUAUUCUUCACUGGUUUGCCAAUUGGUCAGGUCCCCAGCGUGAACGUUUCCUAGAGGACCUGGUAGCUAAGGCAGUGCCAGAAAAAUUACAGCCAUUGCUGGAUAGUCUGGAGCAGCUUAGUGUGUCUGGGGCAGACCGACCACCUUCUAUCUUUGAGUGUCAGCUACAUCUUUGGGAUCAGUGGUUUCGAGGCUGGGCUGAGCAGGAGCGCAAUGAAUUUGUCAGACAGCUGGAGUUCAGUGAGCCAGACUUCGUGGCAAAGUUUUACCAAGCAGUGGCUGCUACAGCUGGUAAGGACUGAUAGGCAUUCAGACCAAAGAAGAUAACCAUAGCUGAUGGAGCCAAGGCCAUGACUCUCUACAAUGAUAAUUCAAAUGUGUCAUCUAAAGCUCUGGAACUGGUAUUCAGACCAGCUGACUGAACUCACUGACCAGUAUAGGCAUGGUUAUUUCAACAGUAAUAGCAUGUCAACUGGACUCCUAUUUGUAAAUAUUAUCAAUCUAAGCAAUCCCGCUUAUCAGUCUACUAGUUUGCUUCUUUCCAAGAGAUGUCAAAUCCUCAAGAAUUUGAUGGCUUCUUCUGCAGCUAUAACCAAAAAGAACCUACACAUUAUAACUCAGGCCCACUGCUGGCUCAUGAAGUGUGUAAAGUAGAACCCUCCUUCCCCAGAAAUAAGACAGGACAAUAAAAGGUGGCAUUUUUAUAAUUUACCUGGAUUCCAUUGGCUGGUUUUACCACUCCUAUCAGAUUCUAGUGUAAUUGUGUGAUACCCAAACCAUUAGUUUUCCCAGUGAUGAUUUAAUAAAAUUAUGAAAAAUCAG